GGCGGAUCCGCUUGCCCUACCUGUCCUCGCGUGCUCCACCGGGAGUUCGACGGCUGGAGCUUUGGCCUUCAUCCUCCGGACGCGCUUUUUAAUCGGCGGUGGGCAACAGCGCCACCAACCAAUCGAAAGGAAGGCAGAGAAUUGAAUCCGAAUCGCGGUCGAAUUCGAUUAACUGCACAGGUUUGAUCGAGGCCUCGUUCGGACAAGGACUCAUCGAUCGCGAGCGCGGAGAUCGAGAGCGCGAUUUGACGAGCCCGGCCGCAUUAAUUUAGUCGAAGCCAAGCAAGGAAUUGGGUAUCCGAAUCAAGGGGCUUUGGUUCGUUUCCUUGUCGGUUGGAUUCGUCCCUGUUCCUGCACGGGAUCUCGGUUGCUGAUUCGGUGUUUCUUGAUCCGGCGACCUCCGGAGAUCGCCGCCGGCGCUCGUCCAGCAGCGGCGUCAACUGCAAAAAAGUUGCCAUCUUGAGGUUAGUUAAGCUCGAUUGCGGGUUCUAGGGUUUCAAGUGAGUGUGCUUUCGAUCGAUGCCGAGCUAGCUAGGGUUUGGGGCUUGUAGAGUAUUAUGUUUUGAGCUGCCUAUCUUGCGCAACACAUUCUUGUGCAGAAAAGAGGGAAUUUUGGUAGGCCUGGAACUAUUUUCGUGGUUUAGCUCUUGCCUGACAUAUUUUAUUCUCGGCUUUCAGCGACGUCGUUGAACGUGCGCGAACUUAUCGAGUUAAACCAUUCCCAAUAUAGUGUUCUUGAAUAUUGUUAUAGCAUCCACUAGAAUGAAUACGAUCCUUGUCUAAACCACAUGUUUGAUAACUUUGAUUAUGGUUGCUUGAGUGGAUUAAAGACACUGAACCUUGAGAGUUGGGUACAUAAUACAUCAAUUUGUGUUUUCUUUCUUUUUCUAUUUAUGUUGCUAACACUUGCCAAUAUCCUUUGAAUCUUCUGGUAAACGCGCGUUCUAUACAGAAAUUGAUGAUUUUCUAGGUCAUUUCCCACGAGCUGGUGGCCUGCCCAAAUGUAGAAAGUGGCCUCUUAUCAUUCUCAGUUACAGGAAAAUUUACACUUUCUGCAGAAAUCCUGUGCUUUCAUCACAUAUGGUGGCCAGGUUACAGUUGACAGUAGGGGGUUGAUGGUUUGGCUUCUAACUGGUAAACUUUUCAGACAAUCGGUGUAAUUGUCUGCAAAGAGCGAAAUAUGAAUGCACAUGCCUUCUCUGGGCAGAUGGCUAACCAGAUGUCUAGCCAAAUGCCUGUUCCGCCCCAGCAGAUUGGAAACUAUAUGUCAUCCCAGAUGCAGAAUCUCGGACCUAGACCAUUGGAUCCUGAACUUCAGGAGGCUCGAAAAACCAUGCAACAGAAGAUCUAUAAUGCACUUCUAAAAAGAAACCAAACGUCUUCUGAAGAGUGGGUACGGAAGUUACCAGAAAUUGUUAGGCGUUUGGAGGAGCGUAUAUACAAGGAUACUCCCACUAGGGAAGAUUAUUUGAAUUUAGCUUUAGAACCAAUCGAAAAUCGUUUAUCAUCAAUAAUCAAGAAUGUUGUCAGUCACAGUCGAUCUUUGCCGCAUCAGAAUUUACCUUCCUCAACUGCUAGCACAAUGAUUCCAACUCCGGGCAUAUCCAACAAUAUUGGUAUUAAUGCUUCUGUUUCAGUUCAACCAGAGAACCCUACACUUACUGGCAUCAAUAAUGCUAUUGCUCCUCAAAAUACAACAAACAUGGGAAAUUUUACCUCAUACGGUCUUAAUGAUGCUGUUUCAAGUAGUUACCAUCAACAAUCUGCCAAUUAUGCUCUUGGUGCAGGUGGAAGAAGUAUGAUGCCCUCAGUAACACCGAGUAACAUGUCAAGACAAUUUCCUCAGAUGAUACCAACUCCUGGAUUUAAUAAUCAACAUGUAGCUGCCAGUUCUGAGUCUUGUAAUGUAGUCGGAAUUUCUAACACUGACACUGCUGUGGCUCAACAUCCACUCCAGCAAAAAAAAUACAUAGUCAAUCAGAACAGCCAUAUGCUGCAUCAAAUUGGUGCUGGAAUAAGGUCCAAUGUUAUUCACCAGAGUUCCCCCUAUGGGAUCUCAAAUGGACUUGCAAAUGGUACAUUUGGUUUAGUUGGGAACAAUGGCUCUGCAACAUCAGAGGGUUUUGUAGGCCCACCUCCUUAUGUUAGUUCUUUAAAGCCCCUGCAGAAGAACUUUGAUCAGCAACAACACCAACUAAGAGAGCCAACAUCAUUGUCACAUCAACUAUCAUCUAUCGUUGAUGAUGUCUACAACUCAAAUGCACCUAAUGCUACAUCCUCUGAGACAUUUCCUGGACCUGAUUCAUCUGUUUUAUCUGCUAUGAACAACAUGAAUGCUGUAAAUUUGCAUCCUAAGUUAAGAACCAACUCAGGUUUGCUAAAUCAUCAUGCUAGUUUACAAUCAAUGAGGCUUCCUUUGAAUGUAAGAGCCCAAUUUCUCGAUCAAUCAGAGAAAUUGAAUUACCAGUCAUCCCAGUCAACCAGUGAAAAUUUACUACAAUCACCACAACAUGCAGAACAGUCUUCACAGCAGCCUAGUCAAGCUUACCCGCAGUAUGUUCCAAACCAGUAUCAACUAUUACGGAGACAUCAAGGUAGCAUACAGAACCAACAAUUGAUGCCAAAGACUGAUUCAUUGAGAGAUUCCUCAGUGGCUUCACAUUUUGCCGAGCAGCUAAUACCUGGUAAUGCAAAAAUAGUCUAUUCCGAUCCUUUGAUUCAGUCAUCAUCUGCACAGGACCAGUCUCAGACACAAUACCACCAGAUUGGUUCUUCUGAGGACCAUGCUAAAAGUGUUCAAUUCCUUGGUCAUCUGGGAUCUCAAGGUUUUCAUGUCUCAGUUUCAGAGGAUUCACAACCUCUGCUGCAUCCAAAUGUGCAGUCUGAUGGAUUUUCAGACAAGUUUGAUCAUUUGUCAACUGGACUGCAAGCAGAGGAUCUCCAGUUUCAGUGGAAUUCUCAACCAUUACAUGCACAGAUGCCAGAUAAAUUAUCUUGUCAACAACUUGAGGAGGAGCUGGAAAGAACAAUAAGGCAAGAUGACCCUCAGCGAUGUGAUCUAUCUACCAGAGAUGUGAACUCUGAACAUGAAGACUAUAUAAACAAGCAAAAUUAUAUUAAACAAGUAAGGUGGCUGCUAUUUAUACACCAUGCUCGCCGGUGUCCAGCACCGAAGGGAUUAUGCAAAGAAGCUAACUGCACCAAAGUUCAAGAGUUGGUUUUGCAUAUGGACACCUGUAAGAAUGACCACUGUAAUUUUCCACGCUGUUUCCAAUCUAGGAAACUUGUUGGGCAUAUUCGCAAUUGCAAAGUGCUCGAUUGUCCUGUCUGCAUCCCAGUACGCAACCAUUUAGCUGCAAAUUAUAAAGCACAUGCUCAUGCUUUAUCUGGUACCGCUGGGGAAACUGAAACACAAAAGGUUACCGAAACAAUAAAAAAAGAUACCAUGCCAACUGAAAAUUUUGAGGACAAAGAGUAUUUGGCUAAGCGCCUGAAGGUUCAAAAUACAACCUUUUCUCCUAACAAUGAUUUUUCACGAGUUCAGUUUUCAUCUGGGAAUCAAGCAUCUGAUCCCCAGGAGGCACAGUCUUUGGAAUUCAAACAAACUCUUCCUGCUAUUUCUGAGGUGAUUGUGAAGAUGGAUGAAUCUUCUGGAUCCAGGCAAGACAAAAAACCAACUCUUAGCAGUACAAGCAAUGGGUUUGUAAGUUCACCAAACUGGAAAAAAGAUCCUAUUGCUAAGUCUGUUGAUGUUCAUGUGAAACAAGAGAGCAUGUUGGUUGAUAACGUGCCAGACCAGUCAGUCAGUAAUAUCCAGCAGGAUCAUGAAAACCUACAAACAGAUUUAGUCAGUGGAAAUAAAUCAGGAAAGCCAAAAAUAAAAGGUGUUUCAUUGAUCGAACUGUUCACUCCCGAACAAAUUAAGGAGCACAUAGUUGGUCUGAGGCAAUGGGUUGGUCAGAGUAAAGCAAAAGCUGAGAAGAAUCAAGCAUUGGAGCGCUCAAUGACAGAGAACUCAUGCCAGCUUUGUGCAGUAGAAAAACUCACUUUUGACCCUCCUCCAAUAUAUUGUUCCCCAUGUGGCGCUCGAAUAAAACGAAAUGCUUUUUAUUAUACAGUUGGGACUGGUGAAACCCGUCUUUACUUCUGUAUUCCUUGUUAUAAUGAAGCCCGUGGUGACACUAUAGAAGCUGAAGGAUCUACUUUCUUAAAAGCAAGGCUAGAGAAGAGGAGAAACGAUGAGGAAACUGAAGAAUGGUGGGUGCAGUGUGAUAAAUGUGAAUCUUGGCAACACCAAGUAUGUGCUCUUUUUAAUGGUCGAAGAAAUGACGGUGAAGCAGAAUAUACUUGCCCUAAUUGCUGUGUGGAGGAGAUAGAGAAAGGGGAACGAAAGCCCUUGCCUGAAACUGCUGUUCUUGGUGCAAAAGAUUUGCCUAGAACUAUACUGAGUGAUCACAUAGAGCAGCGGCUUUUUAGACAGCUUAAGCAGGAGAGGCAAGAGAGAGCUAGGCAGCUUGGGAAAAGUUAUGAUGAGGUGCCUGGUGCUGAAGGACUUGUGGUUAGAGUUGUAUCAUCUGUUGAUAAAAAAUUGGAAGUAAAGCAGCGUUUUCUUGAGAUAUUUCAGGAAGAAAAUUACCCAAAAGAGUUCCCCUAUAAAUCCAAGGCUAUAUUGCUGUUUCAGAAAAUAGAAGGUGUAGAAGUAUGCCUUUUUGGGAUGUAUGUUCAAGAAUUUAGUUCAGAAUGUUCAUUUCCUAAUCAGAGGCGUGUCUAUCUAUCAUAUCUAGACUCUGUUAAGUACUUCAGGCCUGAGAUCAAGGCAGUGAGCGGGGAAGCUUUGCGAACUUUUGUCUAUCAUGAAAUUCUGAUUGGAUACCUUGAGUAUUGCAAGAAACGGGGCUUUACUAGCUGUUAUAUAUGGGCUUGUCCUCCUUUGAAGGGUGAAGACUACAUAUUAUACUGCCAUCCUGAGAUUCAGAAGACUCCAAAAUCUGACAAACUUAGGGAGUGGUACUUGACAAUGCUACGAAAAGCUUCUAAGGAGAAUAUUGUUGUUGAGCUGAUAAAUUUAUAUGAUCAUUUCUUUACAACUAUGGGUGAGUGCAAGGCCAGAGUAACUGCAGCUCGUUUACCAUAUUUCGAUGGAGAUUAUUGGCCUGGUGCAGCUGAGGAUAUGAUAAACCAACUUCGUCAAGAAGAAGACGGUAGAAAACAACUGAAGAAAGGAAAAACCAAAAAGACUAUUACGAAAAGGGCUUUAAAAGCUGCUGGCCAGACUGAUCUUUCUGGAAAUGCCUCUAAGGAUGCCCUGCUAAUGCAAAAACUUGGCGAAACUAUAUGCCCUAUGAAGGAAGAUUUUAUAAUGGUCCAUUUACAAUAUUCCUGUACACAUUGUUGUAUAUUAAUGGUAUCUGGGACGCGAUGGGUUUGCAAUCAAUGCAAAAACUUUCAACUUUGUGAUAGGUGUCAUGAAGCAGAACUAAGAAUUGAGGAAAGGGAUAAACAUCCUCCUAAUAGUAGGGAAAAGCAUCUGCUAUAUCCAGUUGAAAUUAAUGAUGUUGCAUAUGACACAAAGGACAAAGAUGAGAUUCUUGAAAGUGAGUUUUUCGACACUAGGCAGGCAUUUCUGAGCCUUUGUCAAGGGAACCACUAUCAGUAUGAUACGCUACGGCGUGCUAAGCAUUCAUCUAUGAUGAUCUUAUACCAUCUCCACAAUCCUGCUGCCCCUGCAUUUGUUACCACAUGCAAUGUUUGCCACCGUGAUAUUGAAUCUGGUUUGGGGUGGCGUUGUGAAAGUUGUCCCGAUUUUGAUGUAUGCAAUGAUUGUUAUAAAAAAGGUGGUAUUGACCAUCCACAUAAGUUGACUAAUCAUCCAUCAAUGGCGGAUCGUGAUGCACAAAAUAAAGAAGCUCGAGCAAAACGUGUUUUACAGCUUAGGAAAAUGUUGGAUCUUUUGGUGCACGCUUCCCAGUGUCGCUCUCCUCAAUGCCAAUAUCCAAAUUGCCGCAAAGUUAAAGGUCUUUUCCGCCAUGGAAUUCAAUGCAGGACGCGUGCUUCUGGAGGCUGUGUUCUGUGUAAGAAAAUGUGGUACCUCCUCCAAAUACAUUCUCGCGCUUGUAAAGAAUCAGAAUGCAGCGUACCGCGGUGCAGGGAUUUGAAAGAGCACUUGAGAAGAUUGCAGCAGCAGUCUGAUUCCAGAAGGCGGGCAGCAGUGAUGGAGAUGAUGCGACAACGGGCAGCUGAGGUUGCAGGGAGCACUUGACAAAGAAAAACGAACUGUAUAUAAACGUGUUUUUCUUACACAGAUUCGACAAUAGUGCAACCUCCACUCUGCAAAAUUUUGCAAUUUGUAUCCACAUGCACUUUCAGUUGGCAUCAAGAAAAGAUCACACUGGUACAACAGAAAAGCACACUUCCAUCUCUACUCAGGAAGUCCAUUGUGGCGCAACCAGUUGUGCCGACCAGCUAAGGUAUCGACAAGCCAGAGUUUGCCAGAGGCCAUUCUUUUGUAUGUCAUGCUGUAGUUCAUCGCCGACAAAGGGCGUUUGUAUCAUAGCCACGCUAAUUCAUCAUCUAGGAGCAUCUACGAUCAAGUUUAAUUUCCCGCUUUUUUUUUCCUUCUUAUUUAUGUGCUCAAAUGAAUGUCUAGAGAAAGAAUGUGGGACUGGUCUACCCUUGUGUAUCAGUAGCCCUCCCCAUUAUGAUUUUGUAGAACGCACUGCUUCUUGCAAUGAAAAUAACUAGAAAGUGUUAGUUUUAUUAA